AUGGAGGCUGGCAACCGGGCGGUAGAGGGCGAGCAGUGGUACGACUUCUACCCCUGGGAGGAGUGGCUAGCCAGUGAGGCAGACCGCGUGCUCCUGGUUGACAUCGGCCGGAGCAAGGGUCAUGACCUCGCACGCUUCAAGGAGAAAAAGAACCCCGCCGGCCGCCUGAUUUUGCAGGAUCUAUCCGAAGUCAUCCAGGAUAUCCAGGCUCCGCUCGCUCAGGGCAUCGAGGCCCAAGGCUACAGCAUGUUCGACCCACAGCCCAUCCGCGGCGCCAAGGCCUAUUACAUGCGCACUGUGCUGCACGACUGGCCCGACAAGCAGGCCCUGCAGGCCCUGCAGCGCAUCCGGGAGGCGAUGGCCGACGAUUCGGUGCUGUUGAUCAACGAGAAUAGCGUGCCUGUGACGGGUGUUUCCCGGUUCAAUGCCAGUGUCGACCUCAUCAUGAUGACCGUGCUCUCCUCUCUGCAGCGCACGGAAAAGCAAUGGCUGAGUCUUCUGGAGCGCGCCCAAUUCAAUGUCAUCAAGGUAUGGCGAUCGGAUAACCAGGGAGUGGGAUCUAAUGCUUUGUUUGAGGCUGUUCCUGUUUUCGUAGGUAGUUCCGGACAAGUUCCCUAG